CUAACACAAAGAAAAAGAACAAAGAAACAUACUAGCCAAGCAGUUAGAUUAAAUUUUAAGUGUUUUCUACCAUUAUAUUUGCAUAAAGAUGACAUCGACAGCUACUAAAAGAAGUCGUGCCACACCCGACCAGCUAAAUCGUAAGCUUGACUACCUAAUGGAAGUCCCGGGUCUAGCAGGAUCUAGGUUCCACAGCCUCCAUGGUAAGUUCGAAUGCGACAAAAAAUGGAGCGAGCUAGCAACAAAGUUAAAUAGUCUGGGUGGAGCAGUGAAGACAGUCAAUCAAUGGCACACGGUAUGGCGGGACUUAAAAAGCCGAACCAGCAUCAAAGCACGAAAUCGGCGAAGGCAACAAGCUUUAACUGAAAACAGGCCUAUUAGUGAGGAGCCCCUAACGGAAUUCGAGAGGCGGGUGUCUGCUCUUAUAGGGGAAGAGUAUAUGAAUGGGCACGAUUCAACAGCUGAAAAUAUUCCACUAGAGGAGGUAAUCCAAAAGGGUAUCGAAGUGAAAGAUGAAAGCAUGAUUUCGGAAGCCCCGUCGCCUUUACGGACGCCACUUGCAGAAAAUUUCACGCUGAGGUCAGGUAAUUCGCACAUCUCAGACAGGAGAACACCACGGGCGAGCUUGAAAAGAAAGCGCAUGAAAGAAGACGGUGAUGCUCGGAAGAAAUUUUUGGAAAUAGCAGAAAAACAGGCAGAUGCACUAAAGAUGCUAGCCCAGUCGAGUGUAGAAACCGUAGAAGUCGCGAAACAACAAGCAGAUGCUUUAAAGAUCUUAGCCGAAAGCAGCUCUGCAAGUGCCCAGGCGAAUAAAAUGAUGGCGGAGGCAAUAGCCGUAUUGGGGAAAGGUUUAAGCGCUACCGCGGAAACAUUCAACAAUCUAACGCCAAUCAUAAGCCAAAUACUCAAAGGACAUACUCGCACUUUUUAAAUAAGUUUUUGAACAUAAAAUUUCACAGUUCUGAUUAAAAUUACUAAUUCUUCUUUAUCGUUUGAUUUAACAACACCAAAAUUAUUGUCGUUUAGAUUGCGAUAAUCGACAUCGUAACCAAUCAGCUGAUUUUGUCUUGUCGAUUUUCGUAAUGAAAUGGGUUACUGAAUAGCAAAAUCGUAAAAAUUGUGGUUAAGGAAAGAUAACAAAGCGAAUAUCGAUAAAAUAUGUUAGUGAAUCGCACCACUGCACAGUGGUUCCGCCAUAGGACAUUGGAUGAAAAUAGUCAUGUUAAAAUUAUGCAACAAUAUUUAGCUAAAUGUUAGUUCAUUAGACAUAGUAAUUUAGAGUACAAAAGAAAUUUCAACUGCACAAACAGUUCACUUAUAAUUGUGCCUCCAAAGUAAGAGAAUUUGCAAAGUUAUAGUUAGCUUGGUCUCCACUCCG